AUGAGACUUGCUUUUCCAUUUCCUCCUGGAGUACAGUUUAUGAGACCCCAUGUCCCACCCCUUGUCCCUCGAACAUAUCUCUACCCAGACACAUCCAUCUCAUCUACUUCUCAUUCGAUUUCCUCUAGUUCUUCUGACUCUGCAGAUUCCUUUCACUACUCAAACACCCUUUCUGCUACUGGAAGGAAGAUGACUGCUUCUCAUACCAAACUUCCUCCUAGUUUUGACUUCUCUGAGCAGAAACCUAGUGGGGAAGGAGGAAAACUGAAGGGAAAAAUGGUAGAGAAAAGUGAACUUCCUGAGGAUGUCUUUGAUAUUAUAUCCAAGAAACUAGAUUUUGAUGACCUCUUUCAGUUUGGUGGAGUGUGCAAGAGCUGGAGGAUAUUUCACAAAAGUUACUUGAGAGAUUUGAUGGCAUCCCAAGAACCAUUAGUGGUCCAAACAUCAUUUCUCAUGCAAGCUUAUUCUUUCUUUAGCACACCUGAACAAAAAGUGUAUGGCUCGGUGCGAAAUUGCUACUUGAGUGAGUUUUUCUAUUCAGGGUCUUCCUGUGGAUAUGUGAUUAUGGUUGGUAUUUCAAACAACAAACUUCUUCUAAUGAAUCCUUUUGUGAGAAGAAAGGUGGAAAUCAAUAUGUCAGCACUUAAUGGUAACAUAGAAUAUUUGGGUUGCAAUGCCUUAUUUGCUUUUGCAAAAGGUUCAGAGGAAUUCAUCGUAGUGGUUUCAGGUAAAUAUUUUCAAUGUUUGCAUAUCUAUGAAUCUCGAAAUUCUUGUUGGGUUACUUGUUCUGCACAGGGAGAACCUUGGACAGUAGUUGACUUUGUGGUUUUUGAUAACACCAUAUAUGCUAUCACUAACAAGGGUGAGAUAGGAGUAUUGAGGCUGAAUUCUCCAACUUUGAAAUUUCUAAAAUUGAAGAAUAUUCCCAAGAUAAUUGGCCUUAUUCUUAAGUUGGUUAGUUGUGAUGGGCAACUUCUAGUGGUUAAUUUUGCAUCUAUGGAAAGAUUGGAUGUAUACAAGAUAGAUUUCUCAACCAUGGGUUAUGUGAAGAUGGAAACAAUGGGAGACAUUGCAUUGUUUUUUGGGUGGACGAAGUGCUAUGCAUUGAGCAAUCCAAGUAGGUGGGGAUAUGAUAGCAACUCUUUGUACUUUGUUAAUCGUUCAACUGCGGGAGGGAGUGUGUAUUCAGAGGAUAUGAAACCAAAGAAAUCAAUUUUACCUUCGAGACCUCCACCUAGUGAUCUUAGAUCAUCUCUCCACUGGUUGGACUGGUGUUUCAAGCGUCAUGACCAGGUAGAUUAUUCUGUGGUUCACUAA